GACAUUGUAAGCCAGCAGAGCCUCGGCGUAAGCGACAUCUUCAUGUGGCGUGCAGACCCGGUUUAUCUGCUGUCUGCUUGACUUCAUCUGAAUCAUCAGUCUUCGUGAGUUGUUCAUUUCGAGCGUAAGGUAGAUCAUUAUUUUAUAGUUUGAAUCUGUGCGCUAGCAGGGUGAAUGUACGCUGGAGAAGCUAAAUAUCCUGCGGCAGACAGACCGCUGUCGUAGCGGCUUCGUGUUCUAAAAUGACGCCCACGAAAACAGCAUUUUCUCUUAAUUCAUCCAUCAACUUCUGUAUCAUUUUCAACAGAAUCACCGACUUAGUUCACUUAUAAACGUUAAGUGUUGGAACCCUUUAUGAUUACAUAAAGAUCCUGAAGUUGAAAGGUCAACUGUGAUAUUUUCUCCUUCUUCUUGUUUUUUUGUGGAAAUUCCUGCUCUGGAAGAUUAAAUUCCCGUAUUGCACAAGUCUGAGUUUAAUGAUUGGCCUGAGCCUAUGUUGUGUUUAAUAAGCAGAGAGAUUGUCCAGCUGGGGUAAAGCUGGGGCUAUUUAACAACGUCGCUGUAUAGGAGAGAACGUCAAGAGAUCUCAGCAGCAAAGAUGUUGAGAACCGUGUUCUACUUGCUCGUCGUCUUUCUGCUGAUGCCGGUGCCGAGCAGUCUGCUGGAGACGGAAUACCACGGAACCUGCCAGGAUUUAUGCGGUGAGCUGAAGCAGCUCCGAGAGCGCGUGCAUCAGCAGGCAGCCGCUUUAUCUGAGAUCAAGAAGAAGUUGGUAUACUUGGAGAAUGAGAGUGCAGGGCGGCCGAAGGUGGCGUUCAGCGCCGGAUUACCUGCAGGGCGGCAUGGACCGUUUAACACUGAAACCACUCUGAUCUACAGUAGAGUCCUCACCAACAUCGGAGGAGCUUAUAACCGACAAACAGGUGUGUUCACAGCUCCGGUUAGUGGCGUGUACUACAUCCGCUUUACGGGUGCCGCGUACAACACUAACAGCUUCAAUAUGGGUAUUAACCUGUACAAAAACAAUUUCAUAUUGUUGCACUUGGGCGAAGGCAGCAAAGACGGCGUUCUCAGACACGUGUCCAGCGGCCUGGCGCUCCAGCUGAAGGCCGGAGACAUCGUGUACCUCCGCCUCUAUGCCAACUACGCCCUCUACGACGAUCAUCUGUUCCGCAACACCUUCACCGGCUUCCUCCUUUUCCCCUCCUAACAAAAACGCUGUCUGUGCUCCAGUUCUGUGUUUAAAUCUCCACUCAAAUGAGUUUCUCUGCAUAUUAGUGAGUUUCUGAUCAAUAACUGAAAUUACAUCUACACAUCUAGUGUGUGUGCCGUGUUAUGACAAAAAUCUAAAUAAAGCAAAUAAAACAAA